AUGUCAUCAAAAAAUGAUCACGAACAAAGAACUCCAUAUGUUCAAAGAAUCAAUUUAAGUAACAUGAGAUCUAGAAGUAAACCUCAAAAACUUUGUCCAGAUUGUACUAAGGAAAUGAACGACUGCAAUAAAAUAGAAAAGAAAAUUCGAAUCGACUCAGGUGGUAAAAGAAUAAAGAAAAAGCCACCAAAACAUUGUCAGAAUUGUAAGGAAACGAACGAUUGCGUUAAAUUAUUUUUAAAUAAAACAAAUAGAUUAGAAGGAAUCGUUGGCAAUUUUCAUAAAAAUCCUCCUAAGAAGACCAAUAAAAUUUCUGUAUUCCGUGCAAAAUUCACUUUGAAUAGCGUUCCUUGUGAAUUAGAAUACGAUUUAUCAUGUUUCACAUUAGAAAGUUUACAAAAAUUGGCUGAUUUUACAACCCAAAAUUUCAACAAUAAAAAGAAUAGCGCUCUUUGUGAAUUAGAAAAUGUUUCACAUUAGAAAGUUUACAAAAAUUGGCUGAUUUACAACUCAAAAUUGCAACACAACAAUAAAAAUGAUCAUUCUUCUAGCAAAAAGAAUUAACAUAUUUCGAAUAAUUAAAUUUAAAAAAUGAUUUUUUCCCAACCUAAACACUUUCG